UCGUCGACACCUGCCGUGGAGCGCAGUGUAGAACGAACAGCGGCAGAGGCGACAUGAAGUUUCCUGCCUUUCUUCUCUUGGCCGCGUGCCUGGCCACGGCGGCCAACGGCCACAGCCACGACACCGAAAAUCCAUUACUCGAGGUGGCCAAGCAGCUGCUGGAGAACUCGCUGAACAAGGACGGCGGCCAGGGUGCGGCGGCCCUUGUGCAGGGCCUGGCCGGCAUGUUCGGCCAGCCCAAGGAGGGCGGCCAGGGGGCGGCCAGUUUGCUCGGCGGCCUCGGCAACCUGCUGGCCGCCACCCAGGGCGGCGGAGGCGGCCAGGCUGACCUGCUCGCGUCGCUGGCCGACGUCUUCGCCCAGCAAGCGGGCGGCGGCGCCGAAGACAACACCGUUGACGGCCACGAACAGGAGCAGCCGGGCUUCGACUGGGAGAGCAUGAUCGGCGUCGCCAGCUCCUUCAUGGCCCAGCAGAGUGGAGGCAACAACCAGGCCACCGAGGGCCUCCUCACGCUGCUGCCUCUUUUCAUGGGUGGUGGACAAAAUGGACAGCCGGGUGGUUUCGAGAAAAUCUGGUCGACUGUGACGCACGCGUGGGAGCACUUCCGGCAGUCGGAUGUGGCUGCCAGUCUGUGGCGCCAGAGCGGCCUCUCCAAGGUGGCUGAUCGCUUCAUGGACCAGGAGGGCCGCUUCGACGUCCAUCGUGUGUUUGAGUCGAUGAGCAACCACCAGUUCCGCCGCACCUGGAUCCGCAGCCUGACUUCCUUCUUCGCCGAAUGGCUGGCGCACAUCGCUGACCCCAAGUCGCAGUCCAGAUACGCGUCCAUCGCCAGAAAUCUGAUCGAUGGUGCAAUGAGGUCGCACGGUCUGGCCACAUUCGACCCAACGCGUCCGGGCCACUCGCUGGCUGCGCUCUCGAACGCACUUUUGAGGCGACACUUCAGCUCGUCCAUGGACACGACGCCGUACGUUAAGCCCGGCGUGGAGUACGUGUGGCAGUUGCUGCAGGUUGGCCGCACCACUUCGGAGGGACUUGGCCUGGCCAAAAUCCCGCCCAAGCAGAUCGAGGCGCGCAUGGCCGAGGCCCUCAACGGCGAGAUCAUCGAGCCGGUGCUGCGCGUGUGGCGUGCUUACCGCUUCGCACACGACAACUCCAAGUGCGGCCGCUACGUGCUGUGCCAGGCGGCCAAGGAGGCCAGGGAGAUGCCUGGUGUUGGAUUGAAGCCAGGAGUCACCAAGGUCGCAAGCUUGGUCGCUACCUGGUAUUUGGCUGACGACGCGCACACCUCUUUCUGGCAAUUGUACGCCGCCGCCAACGCCAGCAAGGAUUGUGAAGAUGUUUUCUUCAAGGGUUGCGACGAGUUCUUGGUGGUUGACAAGAGGGCCACUGUGAAGAAGUACGUCCACAACGAACUUUAAAGCCCGCGAGUGCAAUGUUGCGACUGUGUGAAUGCUAGAAGCGAGUGAAUCAAGUGCAAGAGCGCGCGAGGCUUCCCCCAUCCUUCACGUCAAGGGUGCUCUCCUGCAGAGGGAAGGGCCAAGCCGACCCACGUAUUUUUACCCUAACCGCGAAUAUUGAUCCCCAUUCCAUCGGCGCUGACAAAAUCAGAGGUGUCUCCAGAAUUCACGAACACCAGGAAAUACAGUCACGGAUUGAACUGUCUAAUUGCCAGUGUAUUUUCCUCAAAGCUGGAUGGGUCAAGUUUUUUUAAAGUCUGUUGUGUGCUGUUAAUAAAAUGAAAAUUUAUAUUAUAAAAA